AUGAAGCUCUUAACCGCCUUCACUAAUCUCCUAGCUGCCGCCAAUGUAGCAAUGGCAGCAAGUUUACCCCUACGCAUCGUCUCUUUCAAUAUUCGGUAUGCUGCGACGUCUCUUGACAGUAAUGAAAAGCCCUGGUCGGACCGCCGCACAGGUCUCAUCAACCAACUCAAGUCAGUAACCGCCAAUGCAUCAGCGGCUGGGGCUGUGUCAGUGCUGGGUCUCCAAGAAGUUCUCGACGCCCAACUAAACGACAUCAAGAACGGUUUAGGAACCGACGUCUGGACUCAUUUUGGCUUUGGGCGAGACGAUGGCAAGAAGAAGGGCGAGUACAACCCGAUUAUCUACCGUACCGACGUCCUCAAGCUAUUGUACAGUGAGCAGAAAUGGCUGUCACCUACCCCAGAUGAGGUCUCGUUCGGAUGGGGUGCCGGUAGCCGACGAGUCAGCGUGAUUGCUGUCUUCGAGCAUAUCGAAACCGGAAAGCGCUUCAUCCACGCGAAUACGCACCUGGACAACGUAAGCUCGCAGGCGCGUAGCGAGGGGAUCAAGGUCGUUUUGUCGCGCAUCCGGGCUGUACAGGAUAAGUACGGUCCUUUGGGUGUAACGUUAACCGGCGACUUCAAUUCGGAGCCAGGAGGCGAUGCAUACACUACGCUCGAUGGCACCGGGUAUCUGACUGAGCUGUGGAACUCGGGGGCAAAGAGACUGGGAACUAAUCAACUAACAUAUACGGGCUUUUCGACGACGGGCAAAAGCCGCAUCGACUUCGUCUGGUUCGGUCCUAAGGGCGAGGAUCGGUAUUCGGCGCAACAGUUUGAAUUCUUGAGCAAUGAUAUAGACGGUGUCUUUAUUAGUGAUCAUCGGGCUGUGGUUGCUGACUUAACUAUACUUUGA